CAGAACAUACUUCCUGAAAGAAUAUAGAAAAAUUCACAGCUCAGAGUGGUUCAGCUGGUGGCUACAUUUCUAAAUGGGAGCUGUUCCAUGCAAUGUCCUUUAUCAAGGACACGCUGAAUAAUUACCCCACAAAGUCAAGUGAAAGCUUCACAGUUCAAGCAAGUCUUCAGCCAACAGAUGAACAAACCAUCAUCAUUAAUGAAGGUGGUACUGAUGAGUCGUUCAUCAUUUCCCCCAUCACCUCACAUGAUUUGGCAGCAGUUAAUACACACUCAUAUUCAUCAUCUGGUCAGAGUACACCACUCUCACCAUCAUCGAUAACUAGUACCCCAAUGCCAUCACCAUCCUCCAUCCCAAAAACCAAGAAAAAAAGAAGAAGGAACAUGAUGAUUUUGAAGAUGAAUGCAUGGAUGCUUUCCAAGACCUGAAGAACAGUCUCUGUCGAGAUGAUUUCUGCAGCAACUUUGCAAAAAGUGUUGAGCAUUGGAUGCGGGACUUCACAGAAGACAGUGGCUAUAAAAAUAUAUCAAGUUCUCGGCAGUGUAGAUCCUGA